AUGGAGGAAUUCGGAUUCGAAUCUAACUCUGAAAAGAGGCGUAAGAAUUUGGAGUUAAUGAUUGAGAAUUUUGAGUCAAUCAUUGCGAAAGUGAAGUUAAUUCAAGAGAAACCACGAAUCGCCCGCAGAUAUAGCACUACUGGUUGUCCCUCAAGUUCUUUAUCACCGAUUUACAACAGUAGCAAAUCUCAGAUUUUCCGUAGGCAAAGCACUGUCGAUCUACCCUCGAAAGCUUUGUGGUCGAAACCACUGUAUAAACCAGCCUCUUUAGUGGGUAUGCCUCCCGAAAUUCGCCUCAUGAUCUAUGAUCAUAUUUUCCCAUCCAAGUUUGACGCAAUGAGUUCGACUUGUCGUCCUUCGAACCAUAGCCUUCAACUACCUGGAAGUUGUGCAAUCAACAAGUUGACAGGAAGACCGUUCAAAUCACCGUUGUUGCAAGUUCAUCCGAAAAUCUAUCGAGAAGUUAAGGAACUUUUAUGGAACCGUGCUGUCUUUGGACUUGGGUGCAUCAAUAAUACACAUAGUUCACUCAUAUCUAUGAGUUGGAUUUCUCGUAGACUCAUCAGAAACAUCGAAACAUGUUUAGACAUUGAUUGCCACUUUCAACUUAGUCUGUCAAACAUGUUCAAAUCAAUCUCAACGAUGAACGCAAUGGCUCGAGAUGGGCUUUUGCAAUCUAUAACUAUAUUUAUACCGCCUAUUCAACUUCGGCUUAUUCUGGAAGCGAAAUUGAAUGGCAAAUACCAGUUUGCUCAAUUGCGAUCGCUCGGUAAUGCACGAAAUUGGUCAUGCAAAAUCAUUAUAAGAAUACUAUAUUUCGAAAGUUACAUAGAACUUCUCAAUCCCAUGGUCAAGCCCCUAGUAUACGAUUCUCGAAUUGAUAUUUCAGAGGACAAGAUUAUUCAAUACUACAAAGAUCUGUUCGGGGAGUUGAAUCAGGCUUGGGGUGGAACACUUUAUCUUGCAGAUACGUUGGUUUGGGAGAAUGGUCGUCACGUCUACAAAACUCCCCCAGCAACAGUGGGUAUUCGAGACGCAUUACACCUCAGUCGAUGUGGAAAGGGAGUGCAGUGA